UUGGAGUUUAGUCUGCUUGCAGCCUUCGUGUCGUAAGCAAAUAAAUUCACAGAGAUUGCAAUAGGUCUUUCGAUGUAUCUUUAUACAGUGGAUGUUCAUAACUUCGUUUCGGCGGGAAAUGAGGAAAUGAUAUCUUGACAGCGGUAGACAGCAAGCAGUGUUAAUUAUACGUUUCAGUUGGGAGUGCAUGGGUUUCGGUAAUUGUUAGAUUCUGUCCCGUUUAGAAACUGUUGUGUAAUGUAGAUUGUCUUCAUUGUCAUUUGUAGAGAAUUAGUAAAGCAAAUUUUUUGUCUGGGGAAUUAUUAAUCUAACGAAAACAAAGUUUUAUUGUGAUGGAGACGGAUACAGAUAUUAUAACAUUUGAAAAAACGUUUAAUCAGAGAUUAGAAGAAUAUAGAAGUUUACUGUGUACAGAUAAAAUUUUACCAUCCUCACAGAUGAGGUCAGAAUGGAGCUAUAUUGCUGAAGUUGUAUUGGAGCCAAUUGGGUGGAAAGCGUUGUGGAAAAUUCCAGCUAAUAAACGUGUGGAGCUAGGGAUAAUAGGACCUGCACUUGUUAAUAUUUUGGUGGAUGCUGUGGACGUGAAAGAUCUGUCUGCAGAAGUUACUGUUAUCACUGGUAUUGAUAAAAAUAUUCCUGAGCAGCAGAAUGUGUUUUUGGUUGAUUUAUACCCUACUGUGCAUCAAAUAAAUGAUGAACUUUAUGUAAAAGAAACUGCUGAUUUUAUUGAUAAAUUACGGUUUUUUUAUAAUCAUCUUUGGAUGCCAUGGGAUGUCGAUGAUGAUGACAAUCAGAAUUGGGUUCAACAGCACCUGGAAUCUCGUCUUAAAUUGUUUUUUGAUAUGCAGAAUGGCAGUAUUUUAGCUGAAAUGGUUUUACAACUACAGUACUUAAUAUCAGAAGGACGGCGAAUACAAACAAAGAUAAGUGAACUAGAGGACAAAAUAGAGGAUGAUAUGAAUGAUGAAACAGUAAUGUGUGACCUAAUGGAUUUGCACUAUUGUAAAGACCAGAUAAAAAGUAAAUUUGAAAUGUAUGAAGAUCCUUAUAAAAGAUCUCUGCUGGUAUGGAAGCAGUGCCGUAAGAAUUCUGACAAAACGGAAAGCAGUAAUCAUCAGAAAGUAACCUACAUGAUUUGGUCUGGGGGCCCUCUGAAUUCUUAUAUUGCAUUCUUGAAUGAAGCGAAGUCCUACGUGAAAGCUGAAGAACUUGUAAAGUCAUCUUUCCAGCUGCAAGAGAGCCUGGACCAGGCAGUGCAUGGGGAUGUGUUACUGCUAUCUGAAGGAUGUCAUGGUCUCCUGGGCCUCGGCUGCCUUGAGAAAGGAGGUGCCAUUAGAGGUGUUGGACUUCCUGAAUCAACGAUUUUGAAACCUCAUAAUGCUGGAAAUAUCCUCUUAGAUUGUAGUGGUGGCAUUAUUACUUUGGAAAACCUAACCAUCGACAUACAGGAAACACAGAUUGCUAUUCUUGUUCAUAAUUCAACUCUCCAUCUACGCAACUGUCGUAUUAUAGGGCAGAAGAAUAGGGCGAAUAGUGGGCUGCUUGUGUUACAUGGUGGAUGUGUUGUAGCCCAGGACUGUUUUUUUUCUGGUUUGGGAGCAGCUCUUGUGGUCUAUUCGAAAGGAGAAACCUCUCUCACCGCUUGCAAGAUUCAAAAUUGUCUUGUUGGUAUGAAGUUACAGGAUGAUGCGAAAAUAAAUUUAAUGAAAUGUGAAAUUUCAGAAUGCCUUGAAUUUGGUAUUAAAGUUGAAAUUAGUAGGAAAGCUUCACCUGGAGUAAGUGAAGUUGGCUCUGCUGGUCUUCUGAGUGGGGUUGGGGAAAUUCAAUUAAGUGACACAAGUAUCAAGAAUAACAUACGAGGUGAUGUGAGCAUUCUGCAGAGAAAUAGUAUCAUUCAUGACAGCGAUGUGGAAAAUCCUUCCUUCAGCUUUUUGCUCUUCAAUAACCCUCCAAUGAUUGAGGCAAUAAAAUCUGAUGGUCAUACAGAAAAAUAAAUGUGUGUCAUAAAUGUAUUUUUUUGUUUCAUAAAUGCUUUUCCUGUAAAAUUUUGUAAUCUUGUGAGGUGCUAUUAAAGUAUAAUAAGAAUAAAUUGAAAAUGUU